CAAACGUCCAGUGCCCCAACGUCCCUGUAGGCAGAUACGUCAGUGUCCACAUCAAAUUCAAGGUGAUCGUCCACCUUGAAGUCUGCGAGAUUAUGGUUCAUGGGAGGCCGUAUAACGAAGCUUUAGAGUGUUUUCGCCAAUCAAGGCAAACCGACUAUAAGGGACAUUUAAACAUGACAGUGGCGGGCAUCCCUUGUCAAAGGUGGGAUUCCCAGAACCCUCAUGUGCACUCCCAGACGGACAUAUCAAAGUUCCCGGAUGAUAACUUUGCAGACGCCGCCAACUAUUGCAGAAAUCCCAACGGAAAAAUCGGGCUCUGGUGCUACACCAUUGAUCCAGAUGUAGAGUGGCAGUAUUGUCCCCUGCGGCACUGCGAUCAUAUGUGUAUGCAAGACGACAAAGGCUCAACAUACAAAGGGGCCAUAAUAAGAACGUCAUCUGGUGCCAGUUGUGUUUCAUGGAGUGGUCCAAGCAUUCCCUUCAAACAGAAAAGCCAUUUCUCCAGCUUCUGGCAAGGCAUGAUAUACUGUCGCAAUCCAUUACUCUCCCAGAGUCGCCCUUGGUGCUACACGAAUGCCGUGAAUACUAGUCAGUAUGGCCUCUGUGACGUCCCAGCAUCCUGUCCUACGACAUCAGAAAUGACUCGAAGUCGCUGGGUUGCGGAUGUUGACCAAACAUUUGAUGACCUCCUACCGUCCACUGAGUGUCUGGUUUGGAACCGAUUGUACACAACAGACGGAAACUUUAGCGCUACUUGGAAUGACGCCUUUAAGCCUGUGCUCUACCGAAACACAUUCACGGCACAAGCUAUAUGCCAUAAAGGGAGAGUGUUCAAUACGUACUUGCAGUGCUUCAAUAUCACUGAAUCUGGAACGGUUUGGAAAGCUGGUGUCCUGGAGUGCGUGCACUGUGGGUCUGCUCCAAGUGUAGAGAAUGCUACCGUCACUAUCUCCUCCAGUCUGCUGAACGGAACAGCCACAUACGCAUGCGUGACAGGAUACGGACAUGAUUCCAGGUCAAACAGAAUCACGUGUAUGAAAACUGGCGAAUGGGAGGUUCCUGACAUAAUCUGUGAAGUUGACUGCGGCACUCCGCCUACCUUGGACCACGCAGACGUCGACGUCAACUCGACCCUGGUUGGAAAUACUGCUAACUACACUUGUCACGAUGGCUACGAACACUUAUCUGUGUCGAACGAGGUCACGUGUCUCGACACAGGCAAUUGGGAUGUCGCAGACAUGAAAUGUGAAGUUAACUGUGGAGACCCUCCCUCCUUAAACAGAACCGAGGUCUCGUUUACCGAUGGUUUUGUGAACGAGACAGCUGAGUACACGUGUAAACCAGGGUAUGCACACUUGUCGGGAUCAUCAGUCAUCACCUGCCUAGAUACAGGCACAUGGGAAGACCUGGGGAUAUAUUGUGAAGUUGACUGCGGCACUCCGCCUACCGUGGACCACGCAGACGUCGACGUCAACUCGACGCUGGUUGGACAAAGCGCUAAUUACACUUGUCACGAUGGCUACGCACACAUAUCUGUGUCGAACGAGGUCACGUGUCUCGACACAGGCAAUUGGGAUGUCGCAGACAUGAAAUGUGAAGUCGACUGCAGCAGUCCCCCGGUUGUUGCCAACACCGUUGUGAUAUCUGACAAUACAACACUGAACAGUACCGCAGUCUAUACGUGUUCUCCUGGCUUUGUUCACGUCAGUGGAUCAACCAACAUCACAUGUCUUGAUACAGGGUUCUGGGAGAUUCCCUUUAUAGAAUGUGUAGCUGACUGUGGACUGCCUCCUCAAAUUACCAACACAAUUAUGACAUACAACAGCACGCUGGUCAAUAGCACCGCAGAGUACACAUGCGUUGACGGCACUGCGCAUGCGUCAGACUCUACACAGGUCACGUGUCAGUCAGAUGGAAAUUGGACAAACUCAGAUACUUCGUGUCUUGUCAAUUGCGGAAGUCCCCCAUCCGUUCUCAACGCCACUGUAACAAUUUCGGGCACCUGGGUGAACAGCUCUGCGCAGUAUGCUUGCCACGAUGGAUUUACAGCAUCGGGGUCUGCAUCCGUUAUCUGCCAACUGAACGGGACUUGGGAAGUCCCUUCAUUUAUGUGUAAAGAGGUACAGUUACCGUCCACGACGUCUUCAUCUACGUCGACACAGAUACCAGUUGAUAAAUACGGAAGAACACGUACCGAAAAAUGUAUCUGUCGAUGCAUCAACCCAGUACCCAGAAAACAAGAAGACAUUGUUGCUGAAAUCUCCAAAAACCUAACUUUAGAAACGAAAACUCUAACGUCCUAUAUAAUUAAAAAAGAGAGCCUUCCAGACGAAAGAAAAUCAUCUCAUGGCAUUGCGUAUGUCGCAAUAGCACUGAUUGGAGCGUUGUUCGGUGUGGUAUUUCUUUCGGAUAUAUACUUUUUCAUACAUGGAAUAAUAACACACUUUUGGCCACGAAGGUCACAUUGAAACUAUGAUUAUUGCGUGAUGUAGGCAGGCCAUCAAUAUGAUAAGUAUAUUCAUCAUCAUCAUCAUUUUUGAUGAUGAUAAGUAUAUUGUUCUAUGUAAAAGCGUUGUGGUUCUAUAAACAUGAAUAACAAUAUUCACGCCGUGCUGGUGACGACAGGUAAGACAUGGCCCCAAAAGGUGACGAAGAUUCAGUUUAACUUAACAGUGAAACUAUUAAGGCUGUGGAUGUGGUGAUGCGAUAACUUUGGUAGCAUUGGGGAUAGAGCGUCUACAAUGUUAAGUUGAUAAAAAUUGACGAUUC